CAUCCUAAUAAUAUCUUAAUACAAAAAGAUACAAUAAAACUAGCAGAUUUCGGACGUUCAUGUCUAAAAGGAUCAGUUAGUGAUACUGAAGUACGAGGUGUAAUACCUUAUAUGGAUCCUAAAUUUUUUGAAACUCAAAAUCAUUCAUAUGUCUUAACCGAAAAAUCCGACAUAUACAGUUUGGGAGUAUUACUCUGGGAAUUAACAAGUUGUAAAACACCUUUUGAUUUUGAAACAAAUAAUAAUAAUUAUUUGGAAAUUAUUGAAAUUAAGUCUGGUAUCUUUAAUGGUAAAAGAGAAAAACCUAUUUCAGGUACAAAUUAUAACUUUGUUACGCUUUAUAAAAAUUUUUUUUUUUUUAUUCUAAGUUUAAUUUUUAAUUUUAACUUUAAUUAA